CUUCCGGCGGAAACGGGGUCUUUCGGGAACUAGAACCGAGUUCCGGUCGGCUUUUUGUCUGCGGGUGCGGUCUGGUUGCUGUCUGGCUUGGGGUGAAGAUGGCUUGCGCCGCCGCGCGAUCCCCGGCCGACCAGGACAGAUUCAUUUGUAUCUAUCCUGCUUAUUUAAAUAACAAGAAGACCAUUGCAGAGGGGCGGCGAAUCCCCAUAAGUAAGGCUGUUGAAAAUCCUACAGCUACAGAGAUUCAAGAUGUGUGCUCAGCAGUUGGACUUAAUGUAUUUCUUGAGAAAAAUAAAAUGUACUCUAGAGAAUGGAAUCGUGAUCUUCAGUACAGGGGCAGAGUCCGAGUCCAGCUCAAACAGGAAGAUGGCAGCCUCUGUCUUGUACAGUUCCCAUCACGUAAGUCAGUAAUGUUGUAUGCUGCAGAAAUGAUUCCUAAACUGAAAACAAGGACACAAAAAACAGGCGGUGGUGACCAAAGUCUUCAGCAAGGAGAGGGAAGUAAAAAAGGGAAAGGAAAGAAGAAGAAGUGACCUGGUAUGAGAAUCAAGGAUGUGGUACUACUGAAAGAAACAUGAGUGGAGGCUUCUCAUUUGUAUCUGAGAGAAACAGACUUUUUGUUUGCAUCAUUUAACCGAGUUAUGAACGUUUGUGCCUCCCAUCUUCAGCAUCACAGUUGACAGUGAAAUACAUUUACAUCAGAAGUUUGCAUCCAGCUCUCAUGCAGUAUAAAAGAAAUUUUGUUUUUUGCCUUUUUACAGAGUUUUUGUGGAAGAAAGAAGUGUAUUUUUAAAUGGACAGUGGACUCUACUACGUUACUUGAAAUCCUAUUUGUUAGUCCUCUGUGUAAACAUGUUUCCGAAAAAUGAGUUUAAUAAGAUUUGAAAUACACAUUUUGUUUAUCUUUUAAGUUAAUGAAAUAAAAUUUGAAACUGA